UUUUUGACAAUGAGUUUGUUUUGCGCAGCUAGCAACCGCUAACACCCUGCAAGCAACUGCUUAAACUUUUCACUACUUUGCAUUUACAAACGACUACAAUCCCAGAAUGCGUAACGGUUGGAUAUCGAUGGCGGAGAGCAAUGACUGAGGAGUUUGAUGAAGAUGUGGUAUUUGAGAACUCUCCGCUUUUUCACUACCUGCAGGAUCUAGGACACACAGACUUUGAGGCAUGUCCUGUGUCUCAGGAGGAUGAGUGCGGAGGAGGAGAGGGGGGCACUACCUCCCUCCAGGAUGGCCCUCCCAAACCUACAAGAGGACAUCUGUGGCGAUUGGCUGAUGCCGUGUGGAGAAGGAGCCCCUUCCACCAGGCCUCCUCCACCCAUAAGCUGGAGCAGCAGCUGGACCGCGCGUUCGGCCGGUACGCCACACGGUGUAUCCUUGACCAGGAUGUUUUGCUCCAGGAGGACGUGGAGCUGAUCGAGCUGCUCGACCCCAGCCUGCUCGCCAUGGGCUCCUCUCCUUCCCUCUCCCCCGGCCGCGAGAACACCCUGCCCUGCCCGCGCCUCCUGGCGUCUCCGUCACAGUGGGACUUGGGCGUCCUGGUCGGCCUGGCCGCCGUCUUGCUCGGCCUGUCCUCCCUCUCCGACGGCGCCUGGUCCCUGGCGGUGAUCCCGUGGUGUGCCGCGGUCAUGGGAUGGGUGGGCGUGCGAGGGGCGGGUCUCUGGAGACAGGGGCGGAUGCAGAGGGCAGCACAUGCCCGGGCGUCGGAGCUGCAGACCGCGGUGCUGAACAGCAAAGCUCUGACCAGCCUGGCCCGCAAGUCUCUGAGGCUGGUUCAGGAGACGGAGGUCAUCUCUAGAGGCUUCACCCUUCUGCUCGACAGGGUGAGUGGUGUGGCCAGCUCCUUUAGCAGGGCGGGACAGGGGGCGGGGCCACGAGGGCAGCAGCUGAUUGGCCUGCGGAAGGCGGUUUACCGAGCUCUCCGUUCGGCCUUCAGAGCCUCGCGCCGUUCCACCUGCCACAUGCUCAAAGCGUUCCCCCUGAACUCUGAGAUGGACAACGUGACCAACUACGUGUCGGCAGUGCCCCUGAAGGAGCUAGGUCUGGGCCUGGGAGCAGAGCAUCUAAAUGAUGAGGAGGUACAGGAGCUCACCGACGACUACAGCCUCCCUGCCCUCAAGGUGCUGUUCCAGCUUUGGGUGGGGCAGAGCUCGGAGUGUUUUCGCCGCAUGGCCCUGCUGCUUUCGCCACAGCGGCUGGAGGAGGCCAGGGAAGACCGGGUCCAAGGGGAAACCCCACCUGCGCCCAUACACCGCUCCGUUGCCGUGGUGACACAGCCCCUUCACAGUGCCCUGGCCGGUUGCCUGGGCGACCUGCAGCGGAGCUACGAGUUCCAUCGCUACUUUGAGACCCAGCACCGGACUCAGGGCUCGGACAGGGUGGGGCGCGCCCGGCAGAAAUGCAGAGAACUCAACGCGCUGCACACGUCUGUCCGCAGCCUGCAGCUGCACCUCAAGGCCCUGCUCAACGAGAUGAUUAUCCUGGAGGAUGACCUGGAGAAGUUGAUGGUGACCAGGGAGGCGGUGGAGGUGACCGCGGAGGGCUACCAGGAGCUCCAGGAGCGCCUCAGCCAGCUGCAGCCCCACAUGCAGGCCAGUGCCGGCUGCUGGGAGGACACAGUGGGCCAGGUGGAGCGCAUGUUGAGGAGAGCGAACACCUGCACAGGAACACCCGAGGACCCAGAGCGAUGUCUCCAUCCUGUGCCCAGUGCCCCGCCCCCUCCCCCAACCUACACCCUCAUCCUGGACAGAGACCCUGUGCCUGAGGAACAAGAGCUGGAGGCGUACGUGUCGGACUCUGAGGUUGAGAACGAGUGGGCGGGGUCGGUUGUUGACAUGCUGUCUCCUGAGGAGCGAGAGCGCCAGCGGCGGGAGAGGGAGGAGUCUCGGCGGGUUUUGUCAGAGCUCAAAGCGGUGCUGGGCUUGCGAGCGUCUGAUGUAGAGAGGAGGAAGUGGAAACAGCUGCUGUUCAACGACCAAGCGGCGGUGAUGCCUAUUGUACCUGGGGAAACUUCUGAGGUAUCUUCCGCAGAAUCUCAGACGACCUCUGACCCACUGGACACUCUAACUCCUGUGGGCGUAGCCAAACCAGGUGUCUCUGAGGGAAACCACCUUUCAGAAAGUCUAAAGGACAAGGAGGAUGUGGAGGAGGAUGAGAAAGAGUUCAAGGACAGGCGGCCCCUGAUAGAGGAGGAGGAGCCGGUCGUCACAGAGUUCUGCUAUGGAGAGGCGGAGGAAAACGGGGAGAAGGGGGGAGUGGCUUAUUCUGUCCCAGAUGAGACAGAUGGGGCGCAGCUCUGCCAAUAUGACUGGCUACCUGACGAGGGGGCGGGACAGAACCAAACUGACCACUUAUUGCAGCCUAGGAUCCCAGCCGUCACCAUGAUGGACAGGUUGACCGAACUCCACGGCUCGGCAGCACUCAACUUUAGCUCCGCCCUCGCCGCCCAGGUGGCGGCGCGCUCACACACCUUCGCCAGUAUGGAGGAGCAGACGUUUGGGGACAGUGGAGAGGAGGACGAGGACGAGGAGAAAGAGGAGGAGGAAAGUUAGCUGCUUGACGCUCAGACAUCUGAGGAGCACUAGAUCCUGAAGCCCCCUCCUUUACUGAGCUCAGAACAUAAAAUGCUGAAUGACAGCCAUGGUUCCUGUAUAUAUGUUUGCUCCUAGUUCUGGGAUAUUUAUUAUGGCUGUCCAUUCCCUUGGCUGGAUUGGUCUUUGGCAUGUAUCCUCAUGUAUCCAUGUACCCCCCUCUCUGUGUGUGUGUGUGUGUGUGUGAUAGUUUUAAGAAGAGAGCUCUGCCACUGCAUUACAGUCCUUCACCCAACCGUCCAUAAUCUACCCACAAUCCCCUUGUGUGCGACUCUCCUGUACUACUCAGGUACCUGAACGACAACACAAACAAUGACCUCACUCUGUCUUCAUUUUAAUUGUUUAACCCGUCCGGACAGAUUCAGAGAUCCCCUGUAGCGACUGUAGGCUCACCGAAAGGUUUAAUGUCAAUUACAUUUUCUCAAAUGACUGACCAGUACCAGGACCUUUCUAUGACGAAGUAUUGAAUUAAAACCAACCUGUUUUGCUAAAUCUUUUUUGUUUUAUCAACCCACUCACUAUAUGAAUCAUUUAUUGUUAAUCAGUUGCUGGUGUGUGGUGGCUCUGUUGAAUGUGUGUGGGAUAGAGGUCCGGGACAGAAUGCUCAGGUACUGAAUCACUGACCCAGGGGGUUGAAUGGGAGAUGUUCCUCUGUAUACACCAGGGCUGCCCAACCCCUGUUCCUGGAGAGGUGGCCUCCUGUAGGUUCUCUCCGUACCCAACUGACACACCUGAUUCCAAUUAUUUGCUGGAUGAAAAGCUUAAUCAGGUCAGUCACAACUGUGAUUGGAGAGAAUCUACAAGAUGGUAUAUUUCCAGUAACUGGGUGGGCAGCCCUGACACACGCACACACACCUACCCAGACACACACGCUCACCAUGCUGUUAAAGGGGAUGGAGGGGUGGGGGAAAGGUUUAAAG